GGGAGACGGAGGAGGAGCCUGGGUGGAUUAUGGCGUCAUAGUUCCUGGGUGUAUGCGCGUUAGGGAGCCCGGGUUGCUGCAGUAGCAGAAGAAGCUACUCUAGGGUGCGAAGAAGAGCCACAUCCAAUAGGGAGGUGAGGUUGCAGCCGCAGCUCUUCGGACCCAAAGGGCCACGAGCCAGUCCAGCAUGUUGCUCAAGGCUUGCUGAGGAAGCUGCGGCUCCCCUAGUCCGAGCGGGCGCGAGAUUUUUUUAUAAAAGCAUCCGAAAAAUUGACAGCCAGAUUGAUGUGGUAUCUGUGGAAAAUGAAUUAAAGCAACAUGACCAAGGCUCAUUUCUCCUUCUGCAAUUAUCAUUCUCAUUCUGGUAAAUUGGCUCUAGUUAUCCUGUGAUUUUCAGCUUGUCCUUGACAAACCAGAAAGAUGGGAAAAUAAAUUGGCCUUUAAACAAAUGCAAUACUAUGCUGUCAUCGAAGAGGAUAAUAGCCCUCCUCACGCUAACAUCAUAAGGGCUGCAAAAAGACCAAAUCCCUGUUCCCUUUGAAUGCUUCAAGCAGUUUAAAGAAGUGGCUUCCUCAUGACAACAUGUCAGCGAAAGAUCUCAGCCCUCGACAUAGUUCAAAAUCCCGUGUUGUGCAGCGGGCCUCCACUGUUGAUGUUGCCUCUGAUUUGUCAGGUUUAUCUUUGACAGGAAACAUCCAAGAUCCAGAUGAGCCAAUCUUAGAAUUUAGUUUAGCUUGCAGUGAACUGCUAACUCCAUCACUAGAUAGGAAGCCAAAUUGUUUUGUAGCAGUGAGUGUAACUACACCACCUCAGGCAUUUUGGACAAAGCAUGCUCAAACAGAAAUUAUUGAGGGCACAAACAACCCCAUCUUUCUAAGCAGCAUUGCCUUUUUUCAAGAUUCUCUUAUUAAUCAGAUGACACAAAUUAAACUUUCUAUAUAUGAUGUAAAAGAUAGAUCUCAGGGAACUAUGUAUUUAUUGGGUUCUGUGAUAUUCACUGUACAGGAUCUACUUAAGGAGAAAUGUCACAGGCUGCACUUAACACUGAGAUCUGCUGAAAACGACCGUGUCGGGAACAUUACAGCCAUAGGAUGGCAGAUGGAAGAAAACACAGAUGAAAGGCCUCCUGUGACCAGGUCUCCUGACACUAUUAAUGGAAGGACUGUGCUACCAGUUGAUGAAAGUUUGACAGAGUCCUUAGGAAUCCGAUCCAAAUAUGCUUCCUUACGAAAAGAUGCACUAUUAAAAUCUGUGUUUGGAGGUGCCAUUUGUCGGAUGUAUCGUUUUCCUACCACUGAUGGCAACCAUCUGAGGAUUUUGGAGCAAAUGGGAGAGAGUAUGCUCUCUUUACACAUUCCCAGGCAAUUUGUGAAAUUGCUGCUAGAGGAAGAUGCUGCAAGGAUUUGUGAACUUGAAGAACUGGGAGAGCUGUCCCCUUGCUGGGAAAGUCUUCGUCGGCAAAUAGUCACUCAGUACCAAACAAUUAUUCUGACCUAUCAGGACAACCUGACAAAUCUUCAUCAGUAUAAAGGACCAUCAUUCAAAGCAAGUAGUCUGAAGGGUGAUAAAAAGCUUGAAUUCAUGCCUACAAAUUUACACAUACAACGAAUGAGAGUUCAGGAUGAUGCGGGAUCAGAUGAGAAUUAUGACAUUGUAACUAUAGGAGCACCAGCAGCUCACUGCCAGGGCUUUAAAUCUGGAGGUCUGCGGAAAAAGCUGCAUAAAUUUGAAGAUGCAAAAAGACAUUUUGAGGAAAGUUGCACUGCAACCAAUUCCCAGUCUAUAGUAUACAUACCACAGGAUAUUAUUCGAGCAAAGGAGAUUAUUGCACAGAUCAAUACCCUGAAAACUCAAGUUAGUUACUAUGCAGAAAGGCUUUCCAGAGCUGCCAAGGAUAAAUCAGCAAAUGGACUUGAAAGAACACUUGCCAUUUUGGCAGAUAAGACCCGGCAGCUUGUCACUGUCUGUGACUGCAAACUGUUGGCAAAUUCAAUUCAUGCCCUGAAUGCUGCAAGACCAGAUUAUAUAGCUUCAAAGGCAUCUCCAACAUCUACAGAAGGAGAACAAGUGGUGCUAAGAAAUGACCAAGAUACUUUGGUGGCCAGAUGGGCAGGAAGAAAUAGCCGUUCUUCUCUGCAGGUGGACUGGCAUGAAGAAGAGUGGGAAAAAGUCUGGGUAAAUGUUGAUAAAAGUCUUGAAUGCAUUAUCCAGAGGGUAGACAAGCUUCUCCAGAAAGAGCGAUUACAAAGCGAUAGCUGUGAAGAUGUUUUCCUGUGUGAAGUCAGCUGCUCUAGCAAGAAAGGUAAACAAGAUACCCGUGCAUACUGGAUAAAGCCAGAGACCUUAAAUGAAAUCAUCUCAUCUUCAUCAUCCCCAACAUCAUCUUCAUCCAUUUCAUCCUCUGCAUGCCAUUUUCCCAGAAUCACAAAUUGCAGUCCUACUCCUGAAGAAUCCAAUCCAGGUGAAUGGAGUGAGGCUCUUUAUCCUCUGCUAACAACACUCACAGACUGUGUGGCCAUGAUGAGUGACAAAGCAAAGAAAGCAAUGGUCUUUCUUUUAAUGCAGGACAGUGCUCCCACCAUAGCUCUUUGCUUAAGCCUUCAGUACCGGAGGGAUGUGGUCUUUUGCCAAACUCUUACAGCCUUGAUCUGUGGUUUCAUUAUCAAGCUGAGGAAUUGCCUGUACGAUAAUGGAUUCCUGAGGCAGCUGUAUACCAUUGGUCUGCUGGCUCAAUUUGAAAGCCUUUUAAGUACUUACGGAGAAGAACUGGCUAUGUUAGAAGAUAUGAGUGUGGGAAUAAUGGACUUGAGAAAUGUAACAUUUAAAGUAACUCAAGCCACUUCCAGUGCAUUUGCUGAUAUGCUGCCAGUCAUUACAGGAAAUCGGGAUGGAUUUAAUGUGAGAAUUCCACUACCAAGCACCUUGUUCGAUGCCUUGCCCCGUGAAAUCCAGAGUGGCAUGUUGCUGAGAGUUCAACCAGUCCUCUUCAACGUGGGAAUCAAUGAACAGCAAACUUUAGCAGAGAAGUUUGGCGAUACCUCCUUGCAGGAAAUUAUUAACAUGGAAAGCUUAGUACGGUUGAAUUCCUACUUUGAGCAGUUCAAAGAAGUUUUGCCUGAAGACUGUCUACCUCGAUCUCGGAGUCAAACGUGCCUGCCUGAACUGUUGAGGUUCCUUGGACAGAAUGUACAUGCAAGAAAAAAUAAGAAUGUUGAUAUUCUUUGGCAAGCUGCUGAGAUUUGCCGCAGACUAAAUGGUGUUCGGUUUACAAGCUGCAAAAGUGCCAAGGAUAGGACUGCCAUGUCGGUGACCCUGGAGCAAUGUCUCAUACUGCAACAUGAACAUGGAAUGGCCCCACAGGUCUUCACUCAAGCCCUGGAGUGCAUGAGGAGUGAGGGCUGUCGAAGAGAAAAUACAAUGAAGAAUGUUGGAUGUCGCAAAUAUGCAUUUAAUUCCUUGCAGCUGAAGGCUUUCCCUAAAUAUUACAGGCCUCCUGAAGGAACUUACGGAAAAGUUGACUCAUAAGAUUAUGGUGUCUUGUAAUUAGUUGUUCCGUUAAAAUAUGUGAAUACACUUAACUUUAGUAUAUGAACUUUGAUGACAAUGUCAGAAAAAAAUGUUUUUGUAUGUUUCACUAGGGAAUACUGAACAUGUAAUUUUGUUAAAUUGGAUUCCAUAGGAAAAAAACAAUUACAUGCUGAAUAAUUAUAACAUGAAACUAGAGUAAUGAUUGCCCAAUGUAAGAUGUCUGCAUAUAUUAAUUAAUUAAUCUCUUGCCUAAAUAAGAAAGAUAAUUCCUGGACUGUGGAGGAUUUUAUGAAUUAAGCAGCUGUUUCCCUCAUUUUUAUACUGAUUUUAUUUAAAACUUUCAUAAUACUUUUUAAAACCUCAGUGUUGUAAAUAGUAAAUAAAUUGGAAGUGAGGAGUUUGGACAAAUACAACAGGUAUGACAACUAGAAGAAAAGGCUCAGUUUUAAAAACGGAGCAGUGCAUUAAAAGUCGUGAAUUUAAAUUUAUUAGAACACUAUUAUAUAAAAGAGUUAUAUAGAAGCCAGGAACUGACACAUAACCCUAUUUGACUUGGUUUAGAAACUGGAUUGAAAGGUGAUAAUUUCAGUUAAGGAAGAAACUUAUUGCAUUCCAACACCUAAAACCCCUUUUAAAAUACAAGGAAAUGAUAGUUGCACAUAAGAAAAUACUGCUUGCAUCUAGUAAAGUAUGACUUAGCCCUAAACAAUUAAUCCAGGUAGAAGAUAAGGUAUCCAUAUCUAUUACAAAACAGAGAGUCACAUGGAUUUCUACUUGCAGUUUGAAUAACUUCACUGGGCUGAACUGUCUUCCACGUCAUAAUGUUUUUAAUCAUUGUCACUUUACCCUACUUUGUGUGCGGGUCAGCUGAUUCCACAGUGAUAUGCUGUGCAAACCAGCAUGUACAGAUCAGAUCUUCUGAAUCCCUUUUUCUUAAUGAUAAGAAUGAUUUUAGGCAAACUUAUUUCUAUACAAAAACUGUCCUAUGCAUUUAUGACUUCUAAGUUCCUAAGAUGCUUGCUUGCUAGAUCCUAUCCAGAAUAUAGGUGCACUUUAAUUUACAGAAAUCAGUGUUCCUCAUUUUUCUGUUGAAAUUCCUACUUUGCAUAUUGUUUUAUAUAAAAUGUUUCCAGUACCUGCUACUAAAUUUGAAACUCAGUAUCUACAAUUUGUUCCAGAACAUCAGAGUUUGAAUUCAGGUUAAUGGAUUGAUGGAGAAGGGGAAUAAUUACUUACAUUAUUUAACAGAAUGAUUGCUUGCUUAGGAAAUGAUAUGUAACAGAAGCCAAAUUUCCAUGAACAUCUUUCUGGCAUUGCUGAACUGUAACUUAUUCCUUUGUUCAUUAUUCCUGUAACAAAUUCAUAUUUUAAAAGCAAGAUGAACUACCACUUGAAAAAUGUAAUAGUACCAGUACAUAUACUGUAGUUGCUUUACUCAUAUUACAGAAGAGUAGCAUAUUCAUCAAAUGACUAUUAAUAUAUAAAAACUUUGAUUAAUAAGUCACUAUCUAUGUUUUUAUGGGUGUAAAUGUUUAUCACCUAAAAAGCUACGGUUCAGUAGUAGCAUUUUGAUGGAUUUUGGAAGCUGUGGGCAGGUUGCGAAAUCCUUGCAAUUUUUCAUUCUAACCCCAGCAUGUUUAAAUCCCACUGAUACUUAAGGGAUUUACUUACAUGAGCAUUACUGGCCAUUUAAUGGAAAGGGGGAAAUGGCUCAAUUACUUUGGGGUCUGGUAUGCAUUUGCCAUUCAAAUAUUUUACUUUAUUCUGCGUUUUUUGCACUUUAUAUUUAUUGAAGGUAUGAAUGUUCUUUUCAGACCCAAGAAAUUUGUUUUAGCUUUGCUUUUUAGUAGUUUAAUAGUUUAAUUGUUAUAUGUACUAAACUGUCUGGAACCUUCAGAGUGCAGUAAAUUAACUGAUCAUGCUGUGUUUCUCAAACUUGGUAACUUGAAGAUGUGUGGACUUAAAUUCCCAGAAUUCCCCAGGCAGCUGACCGGGGAAUUCUGGCAGUUGAAAUCCACUCAUCUUCAAGUUACCAAAUUAGGAAAACGCCGCUUUCAACCCUUAAACACAACAGGCAAAGGAAUAGUCAUAUUUAUUGUUGAUAGAAUUCCUGGUUGUAGCUAAGAUUAAAAGGGCAAGGCAGUGAAGUCAACAAGAGUUGAGAUGUGCAAGUAAGCUUUCCUUGAUCUAGAAAGUUAGCUGCAAAACAAUUUAAAACAAAAUACAAAUCAGGCUGCCAUGAAAAGUUGUUCCCCUCCAAACUAUUCUUGGACAGGACCUUGCAGAGAGAAUAUUCCCUUCCUGAGCUCUGCUGGCCCAAAACAAUGCUGAUUUCCAGUCUCAAGGUAGCUAAAGGCAUCUCUCUGCAGCUGUGGAUGUCUUUGGCAUUCCUUCCUCUUCCUCCAGAGGCAGCAGCUACACAAGGGGCAAGGAUGGGGGGGGGGGCUGAUGCCAUCUCACUAUUCUUCCUAGGGCCAGGAGGAAUCUCCCUGGCCCUCUUCUCCCUCCUUCUCUUCUUCCCAGGAUGAUGCUUCAGCCAGGGACAGGAUUCUGCUGAAUUAUAUUUUAUUAUUAUUUUUUCACUGCUUUUAGUGUUUAAUAUAUUGAAUGGCAGAAUUCUGGAAAAUUGGUUAAAUUUAUAUUUUCAGGAAAAGUUCAAAUGUGACAGAGAAACUCAUUUUGAUAUAUGCUAGCUUGUUUAAUGUUUCUUCUCUGUUCACUCCAUCUCCACCCCACCAUUGUUUUAAUUUAAAUUGUCUGACAUUAAAACUUGUUGACAGCAAAAGAAGAUAAGAUUAAUUGCAAUGAUUGCUGCCAGCACAAUGUAUUAUUCUCCUUCAUUAGUCAUCUCCUGAAAGCAAUGAGGGUUUUUUCCCGGUUUCUAAAGGGAAAAGGAAAUUCUGUUUCACUGUUAUUUCCAUUGGUGUGAACAUAAAGCUCAUAUGCAUUAGGAAUCUGUAUGUUUUUCAGAAAAGAGAACUUUAAAUUAGAACUGUCAGCACUGCGAGAUGGUGAAGUUUUAAUCCAAGUGGGAUAAACGUUUAGGUCAGAUAUUUUGCUAUUCCCAUUCUAAGUUAGAUUAGAUCUUUAUUUUAUAUUCAGAUUUAUAGUACUGUACUGACUAUUUAUAUACUAUACUGAAAAGCUAACAUUGUACUACCUUUUAAAGCAAUUCCCAAAUUCUUUGAAUGAAUAAUUAUUUCUCUUCCACCCUUUCUGAGAACAGGACUCCAGUACAAUGCUGCAUGACAUGAAAUGCAAAAUUCUGGUUUUAUUUCUUUUGCAUAGAUUUCUCUAAAGGAGAAUAAACAUAGCUCAAUAAAAACACAGAAACUGAAGAAAGCUUAUAUCCAUAUAGAAAACAUCAAAUGAGCAGACUUUUCUAAAAUAUUUGUUUUGUUGCCAUAGAAAAUCCAUUAUUAUUAGGGAUUAUUAUUAUAUGAACCUCAUACUAACCUUUUUGAGUACAAUUAUUAAAUGAAACUUUAAAAGGGUAUAUAUACAGUUACUGCCAAACUUAUUCUGUACAUGUUCUGUAAAAGCAGUCACAGCACAGCUGCCUUUUAGUUUUUCAUUUAUAUACAGUAUGUAUAGCUGUUGUAAGAUAGAACACAUAGUUUUGUUCCAGCAUAGUUGUAUUUGCUAAAACUUUCCGCAUUGAACUUUUAUUUUAUUUAUUUGUUUGAAGAAGUAUUGGCAUACCAUAAACAUAUGGUGACUGUUUUGUAUAGUCUUAAUUCAUCAAGUCCAUGUAUGCUGUAAGUGUGCUAGUCUUUAGGGAUAAGAAAAAAAUAAAGAACUGACAAGCAUG